AUGGCGCAGAAGCUCCCCUCCUCACGCUGCAUGGAAAGAUAUAAAGGGAAGCGACUGAAUGCAGAAUUAGAAGCAAAAACAGAAAAACUGGUGCGUCAGGCUGAAGAAGUAAUGAAAGGCCACCAGGAGAUACUAUAUAGACCAGUUUCAGUACAGACCAAGUCAUGUGAAGACAGCAGACAGAGAGAUCCACUUUGUCCUGAAGUUUCAUCUCUUACACACUCAUAUGCCAAGCUAGCAGACAAGAAGAGAUGUACUUCUUUGCCCACGGCUCAGAACAGACCAUACUCUGGAAGUAAGGGAAAAAGAACAACUUCAAGUUCAAAAAUAAGAAACCUGGAAGUACAAAGUGCUGAUGAUGUUGCAGUACUGGAAGAUUGCAUAGAUUUUUCUUCAACAAGAACAAUAAGCAAAACUGAAGAAAAACUAGAGAAAGAAGGCUUACCAGGUUGUCUAGAUGAUGAUGUUAUUCCAAGCGUUGGAAAUGAAAUUGGACCAGAAGCUCAAAUCAGAUUUCUUAAGGCAAAGUUACGUGUUAUGCAGGAAGAGCUGGACAGUGUAGUGUGUGAAUGCAGGAAAAAGGAUGAUGAAAAUCAGAAUUUAAAAUCUCAGCUUAAAAAUAUGGAAGAAGAAAACGCAAGACUGCAACGAACAAUCAGUAUACAACGUUCUCAGACUGAAAAGUACAAAAUGUUGUCACAAGAAGCAAACAAAAAAAGUGAAGGGUUACAACAUGAGGUCACUGCGCUAGAAAAGGAACUCGAGAAUCUAAAGCGUGCACAAAAGCAGGCCGCAGCCAGUCAGAGCACCACACAGGUUCGCUUAAACAGGGCCCUGGAAGAAGCAGAAAAGUAUAAACUGGAGCUGAAUAAACUGAAGCAAAGUAACAAGGAUGCAGCUAACCAAGAACUCAAAACAAUUGAAGAAUUAAAAACUGAAAACAAGAAACUGCAGAAACAAAAAGGAGAGCUAAUGGCAGGUUUUAAAAAGCAGUUAAAGUUAAUUGAUAUUUUAAAGAGACAGAAGAUGCACAUUGAAGCUGCUAAGAUGCUUUCUUUUACUGAAGAAGAAUUCAUGAAAGCUCUAGACUGGGGAAAUUAUUGA